AUGGAUGUCUCUUGUCCGACCUCUCCUAUUGACGACGACGAACAUUUUGAGUUUGUCGACUAUACAGCAGCCUCACAGUGGGAACGUUUUAUAACUACUGUUGAAGAAAUAUUAGUGGGCUGGAAAGUAACAGACGGCCAACUUGGAAUAUUUGACGAAUCGAAUUUACCACCUCUUAGUCAUAAAACAUAUACUAAGACGGUUGGAGGUAUAGAUCCUUUUGUGAAACGAGAAAUAAUUGUUCUUGAGGAUAAGUCUUAUACUUUAUCUUAUCACUAUCACCCAAUAAAACGCUGGAAUGAAUUUAAUUCACUCUCUAAAAGCAGCUCUCCUUCACAACAUUUCCCCCCUCCACCUACAACAACACUUUUUCCUCCAAAUUCUGAUCCAUUUUCACCUAGUUCUGAAUUCCUUCCACACACUCUUCCUAAUAUUUCACAUGACUUAUCGUCAGUAAAUUUAAGUACAAUUCAUCGAUGGACUGGUCUUACUCAUAUUUUAGUUUUGACACCGACCGAUAUUUUUUCUUCUGGAUCCACUCAAAAAUCUAGUACAAUUGAUCUUAGUACUACCAAAAUUCUUCUUUCAUCUUUUGCCAUUGUAUUUCAUAAUAUAAAAUGUAAGCUCCCUGUUUUUGUUCCAACCGGCCAGAUUACAAAUUUAUUAUAUGCCGGUUAUAUGUGUUGGUUUAACAAAGAUGGGUCAAAAAAUGUGGAUGAUGCUAGUGAGGUAGAAAUAAGGUUUAGUACUACCUACAUUCGAGAGAUUCCAUCUGGCUAUUCACAUUUAGCGGGUUUAACAGAUCUCUUUAUUGAAAAAAUGGAUUUAAAUCAAUUGCCUUUCGAUCAAAUUGAUGAACCUAAAUUAGACAAGAUGCCGCAUCUUGGAAUUUCCGUUGCUGGCUUAUUCACUUAUGAGUUACAAAAUUUGGAUGACCAAGACUGGAAAAAUCUUGAUUAUGACGAUAUUCAGCCUACUUCUCUUAAUAAUUCAAGCGGUAAAGAUGCUUCAUUUGAAGAAGAUUUUUUUAAAGGAUUUGAAAGGCAAAAUGGUAGCAUGUUUGAGAAUGAGGAUAAAAAGGAUACGUCUAAUUUUUCGCAACCAUCUUCUGAUGAAUUUGUUUCACCGGUUGUUUCGACAACAAAUUUACCUUUUGGACCAAUUAGCGAUCCACUUGAAUCAAUAUCGCUUACCGCUUUUUUUCCUUCUGCACCAAGUCAUACAUAUUUAGACAAUGAUGUUUAUUUUGAAAUGGAUGCUAUGGGUGCUUCUAUUUGGCUGUUGAAAUGUAAAUUUUAUCAAGAAGACAAUUUACAUGGCUUAUUGUCUAGCCUUAUAGAUAAUACAAUUUCUUCUUGGAUUAUUGAUAGCGGUAACAAUAAUUUGGAAACUUCAAAUAAUAGAGAACCAAGGAAAAUACCCAACCGCGAUUUGCCAGGUAGCUUCAAUAAUUAUGAUUUGUUUGAGACAGCUCGUUAUGUCCGACAAUCUACUGGCUUAAUUGUUGAUAUGGAUGAUGUAGAUAUCGAUAAUAUAUUACGAGUAUUAUUUAAUGUGCCACGAAAUAAAAGGCCUACACCAUAUAAUUCUGAAGGUAUUAAAACUUCAAGUGGUAUUACUCUUCUUUCUGCAGCAACGCUAGGCCUUCAUUUUAAUCAUGCAAGGACUGUACCAUACAAGUCUUUUAUGUGGAAUCUCCUCGAGUAUUUAUUAGAAACAGUCUCUAGAGCAUCUAAUUUCAGAAGUUAUUCGCUUUUAGGAUCCUUGAAAAUAGUUUGGAACGAAGUACUUAAGCGUAUCCGGUGGCAUUGGGAGAGAAACGAUCCCAUACCCGACGUUAGCAUAUUUAACUGGUCCGAUAAUUCAAGUUCUUUGCCUUUUCAUCGAGAUAUAAAUGGCUCAACUAUUGAAAAUAAAAGUGGUAGUAAAAAUGACAAUACCACUAUUGGAAUUGAUAUGCGAUUUAAUCUUGUUCAUCAAAAAUUGUGCAUGAUUAAUUGUUGUAUUGAACGUCUACGGCAAUCUCAAAAAAAUAAUCCAACCUUAUCUACAAGUUUUAAUUCAUCUAAAGAGCAAUUGCCCGAAAGUAAUUCUUUUGGGUCAUUAGAGUCUAGUUCUAUAAAGCCAGAUAAAUCUUCCAGCUUGGAUCCAAAAAUGGCAAACUCCGAUAGUUUUCUGGUUCGACUAUAUGAUCAUAUUACGGAGGAUGAUGAAAUUAAUAUAGAUCCUUCAGCGUCAAUGGUGGUUGUGAGACCAGAGAAUUCGAAUGGUACUAGUCACGCUGAUAUAAUAAGCACAGCAACUACAGCAACUAAUGGAGGGAAAUAUUCGAAUCAUGUUAAUUCUCCCAGCUUAGAUUUUGAAUCAGUGCAUCAAGAUUAUGAUGGUUCUUCGGAGGAUGAUUUCUUUGAUCCGAUAAAUGAAAAUGAGGCACCAACUGUUCCUCUACGAAUUCCUAAAAGCACCAAAUCUAAUUUAUUUCGUUCACGACGAUCAUCUUCAUAUUCCCAGGGUCAAGCGUAUUCAUCAACGCCACCAUCCUUUUCUGAUCAUCUGGCAGAAUCUUAUGUAAAACUUGAUUAUUCAGUCAGCAUGGAAUCAAAUAAAGAAUUUGAUAAAGAAAAGCUUACAAUAAACGAGGAUGAGGUUCAUAGAGAGGUAAAUGGUGAAAAUGAAAGAGAAGGUCUUUUGCAUCCGUUCAAUGAUCUCACAUUAUUGGAAACCGGUGAACCUCUUUGGGUACCAGAAACUCAGGAAGUUGGUUUCAUGACCGAAGAUAUGUUACGUGAACAAGAGGAGAUAUUUGAAAAAUUGGGCACAUCAGAAGAUGCGACUAAAGUACGAGCUCAAAUGCAAUCGGCGCAAUUGUUGUCUGAUAUGCAGGCUUUCAAAGCAGCAAACCCCCAUGCUAUCUUGGAAGACUUUAUUCGAUGGCAUUCUCCACGUGAUUGGAUACCCGAUAACGAUAAUCCAAACAAGGGAACUCUUAGCCAACGAAUGUUGGAAGAGGGCAAUUUAUGGCAAGAAUUGUGGAAGAGUGCUCAGCGAAUACCUGCGACACGUCAAAAUCCGCUGUUCAAAUGUUCUCUGGAAGGAGAGAAGGCGUUUCAUUAUUUGGAGCAUUUAUCCGUAAAAGAUUUAUUUAAAAUGUUGGUCCUUAUUUUUAUCUUGUUAUCAUUUCUUGAAAUAUUUUAUGGUAUCUUAUAUCUUGCUUAUUAUAAAACCAGGCUCUUGCCUACAAUGUUUCUUAUCGCAUAUGACACAUUAGUAUCUCAUCCUGUCACCAAGAAUAUCAAACAAGUAGCUUCUGGCUUGGAGAUGUUGAUGAAGGAACUGACUAGAUUCCCAUGGAAUGAUAUAGGCUCAGAAAAUGUCUCAUGUGAUGGGAUAAUCCAAAUGAUAAGACAAAAUGAAUUAUUAAUUGGUAAAGCAAUUUCACUCUUACGAAAGUUACCUAAACAGUAUUCUCUUGUUGAAAAACUUUUGGAAAUACCAGAAAGUCAAGUUUCCGAUGGGAAAGAGCGUGAAAGCGUAUACGAAUUGUUUUCUUCUGUUGCACCACUUAAUGAUUCAUUUCCACCACCAACGACGCGUGAAUUUGUUUUACAGACAACAUGUCUUAGGCCAACGCCAGUACCAGCGAGGAUGUAUGUGCUAUUAAAUAAUAACGAGAUGAGGAUUGUCGAUAUGGUGGGGAAAGAUACUAUAUUCAUGUAG